CACGAGGACGGCACCAUGGAUGGAAUAUUUAAGCAAUUACGUGUGGCAGUGUGAGGAUGAUUGUCAUGCAAGAUUGCAGUCGCCCUUGACAGAACUUCACUUUUGUUCAGCUGUACAGUAAAGGAUAUGUCUUGGUACAAGAGUCAAGAGAGUAGCAAAGGGCUCCAUUCUGAUUGCCUAAAGCGCCCAAGGGAAAGAGUGGCGGUCGGGAGAAAAAAGUCGUCCAUCCGUACAGUAGAAAAGCAGCCCAGAUUACCAGGCAGUCCCACAAACAAGAGAGAAAGGAGAAAAUGAAGAAUGAGAAAGCCUUGCGUCUCAACAUUAUUGGUGAAAAACUACAGUGGUUUCAAAAUCAUCUUGAUGCCAAAAAAGAAUAUUCAAAGAAAGAUGCUUGUGCAUUAAUUGAAAGUUAUUUAAAUCGCUUCAGCAGUGAGUUGGAGCAGAUUGAGUUACACAACAGCAUCAAAGACAGGCAGGGCCGGCGGCACGUUUCCCGGGAGAUGGUUAUCAAGCAGACGAUGGAGCGGGAGCGACAGCAGUAUGAGGGAUAUGGCCUUGAGAUUCCAGACAUUGUAGAUGCAGGUAAUCUGAAAACAUUUAGAGAAUGGGAUUUUGAUCUGAAGAAAUUGCCAAACAUUAAGAUGAGGAAAAUCUGUAAAAACGAUGCAAUUCCCAAGAAAUGCAAGAAGAAAAACGUUACAGCUGAAGACAAAGUCUUAGAGGAAUUGGAACUAAAAGAUGAAUCCAGCAGCUCUGAUGAGGAAAUGACUCCAGUAACCUAAUGGACUAUACUUGAGUUGUGAAUAAAUUUGAGAACAUCGA